CUGAGGCAACGAACCGUGAAACCAGGACGUUUCAACACAGAGAUGGCCCAGCCUGGCACCGUGCCUACAGGGUGCUUCCCCUGCUGCCAGCAGAGGUUGGCUCUUCAACGGAGCAAACGUCCUUUGAAUGUGGGUAUGUUGGAGAGCCGCAGCCUUCACCCCUGCCCUCCUGCAGAGCUCGGCUGUCCAGGGCUGUGCUGGUUUGGCUGUGCAACCCCUGUGAACCACCUCCACCUUCUGCAGGUCCUGGGGGGCUCUGAAGACCUGCCCUGCAUGGGGUUCUCUUUGGCCACCAUCAGAUGAGAAUGUGCUCCCAGCCCAUCCCUCGCAUCCCAGUCACUCCAUGAACCCAGGCUCUUUUCUGGAUGAGAUUUUAAGCGCAGCAGGGCUUGGUGGGCUUCAAGCUUCCCAACAGCAGCAGAGCCCAAGCUAACAGUGCACCAAGAGCUGCUCCUCCUCCUCUUCCUCCUCCACGUGCUCUUUCAUGGUCAGGCUACAGCGGCUUCCUGGAGUUGCACACAGCUCCUCACCAGCCGUUAGGAAGGAGCUGCUGGUUUCAGGCGAGGGGCACCUCGGAGAGGCUCCCCUUGCGUGAGUCCUUCUGCUUGGGUGCCUCUGGUGGCCUUCAGGGAGGAGGAGAGCACACAGGAAAGCAUCCGCUGAUGGAAAAUGACACAUCUGGAGAGGAAAGAGGCCGUGGUGAGGCACCUACAGGCAAAGCUCCAAGGGAACAGGAGAGACCCUCCCAUAGUGGGUGGCUGCCCCGAGAGUCAGUCUGCAGCGUCCCUUGCAACAGAGCCAGGACAGACCCCCCUGCCAGAGGCCCCCCGGAGCAGGAGGGUGGACUUCAGCAGGGCUUCUCCAUCACACAGUAAAGGUGUGGGACCGUGUUCACCUCCUCAUUCCAGCUCCGAGCCCCCGGGGUGGGUGGUGCAGCUGAAGAAGGGCACUGCUCAAGGUGGCAGCUUCCACCCAGCCCCUGCCAAGCCAGGAGGAGGAGAUGUGUUGAGCAAGGAGGUGGGAGGCACGUCUGAUCCUCCCCGGAGAAGCUCAGCCCAGCAGGCACGGCCGCUCGCCAAAGAAGGGGGUGCUCCAGCAGUUCCUGUGCAGCCUGGGCACCCAGCUCAGCCUUGGAGGAAGCCUUUGCCACACAUCAAGGCACUGGGAGCGAGGCCAGCCAAGCCCAGGCGUCCUCCUGUUGUGGAUCUGGAGAAGUUUGGUGCAUCUGCACAUCGUGGGAUGCCCAUCCAUCCUGCCGCGGAGGCACCAAGGGGUGCUCAGCUGGGCCACCCCAAACCAGGCUAUGCCACAUCAGCCCCAGCACGGUUCCCAACACAGGAUGCUUCAAGUGUAACAGGGGGUGAAGAUGAGAUAUAUGAUGAUGUAGAGCCUGCUGGGCUCAUCAGGAGAGCCCAAGGCUUUCUACUGUCCCCCACGUGCCAGCCGCCAGCAAAUCCCUGCCCCAGAGGAGGGUUUGCUUUUACAGGUGAAGAUGCUGGUCGAGCCUCUAAGGGGUUUGCCUUGCUGGCAGCUGCACAGAGAGAAGCCCAGGUCCCCCGGAAGAUGAAGCCAAUGACACUCAAGGAAUGCAAGAAGGAAGAGAAGGCCGACAGGGAGUUUCAGAAGAAAUUCAAGUUUGAAGGAAGCAUCAGUGUCCUGACUCAGAUGAUGGUCGACCCCGCGGUGACAGAGAAAAGGGGUGGAGGGAAGAACCUGCCGCUGAGACGAGGAGAAAUUCUUGAUGUUAUUCAGUUUACAAACCAGGAGCAAAUCCUCUGCAGAAACAGCCAGAGGAGGUAUGGCUACGUGCCCCGGACCGUGAUGCUACACCUGGACACUGACAUCUAUGACGAUGUCGAGAUUUACGGUAGGCGUGGAGGGAGCCGCUGCUGUAGCCCCUUCACCAAGCAGUGAGCCCCACAGCAGCACUGGGGCCUCCCCUCCUGCCCUCUCGCCGUUUCGCCACUUUCCCUCUCUCCUUUCCCGCUCUGUGAUUCCCUCUCUGGGACAUCCCUCCCUUGCUCUUAGUUCCCCACAAGUCCCCGUGUUCCCCUGUUCACAAUGCUUUGGACUUCCCCUCACCCUUUUCCUUCUCAGCUUGCUCCCUCCCCCUGCUGCCAGCCCCACGGGGCUCUCUGAGACGUCCCUGAUCCCCUGGACAACUCAGGGACACCCUUUCCCAAACGGUUGCUCACUCCCAGCAUGCACAUUCCAUCCCCUGGCUCACAGAUGGAGCUGAAUAGAAACAACUGUAUUUCAGCUGUACUGAGGAGCAAAUGUUUUAUCUGGCAGGGUGAGGAUCCAUGGCUAAAACCAAAGGUACAAGACACCACCGACAGAGACCUCCCCAAGGGUCAAAAUGUGAUCCAGGUCACACCUUC